AUGGGAAUCCGAACCUCUCCCGUUUGUUGUUCCUCAAUGUCGAUGCCUCCUUCUACAGUUUCCGUGGCCAGCUUCGCCCUAGGUGAAGUCGUCGAAGUCGUCAACAAGCCUCCCGGCUCUUACUAUGAAGCCACCGUAAUCUCUCGCCUCGCCAACGGUUCAUACGUCGUCGAGUACCACACAAAGUUAAACGACGACGAAAAUUACUGCUUUCUCACGGAAACCGUCUAUCCUAUGGAUCUUCGCCCUCUGCCGUCAACCAUUGACGUUUCAGCCACUGGUUUCUCUCUGAACCAAGUGGUGGAUGCUUACGAACACCGCGGCUGGUGGGUCACUACCAUCACAGGAAGAAAAGACUCCGAUCCCGAUUCCUAUUUGGUUUACUGGCCUCCCGUGGACCGCGACGUUGAGUUCCAUUCCAGCGAGCUUAGGGUUCAUCAAGAGUGGAUUGGUGGAGACGACUGGAUUUUGCCCUAG